AGAUGAAAAUGGCAACCCUGGGCAGAUCCUUUCAAGGAGUUCCUCCUGUUUCUUCUGUGGAGUUUCCUCAGGCUCUAGCAACUCUUCCUGACAGUACCUUCCAACCUGGAAUCAUACAGACUGAAUCCCAGCCUGGAGUUAUUGGUCAUGAAUAUCCCCAACAAACCAUGGUGGCUAUGGCAGGGAACAGAAAUAAUAUAGUAGAAGGCUCUGACCUCAGCAGCUCAUACGUGCAAAGUAACCUGGACCUUGCCUCCCUAGCUGCAACUGGAAGCUAUACUGAGGGCUUGACUGUUGCAACAGUUUCUUUCACAAACAGUGAAAACCCACCAGUCUUAUUGCAACAGCAGAGUUGCACCCAAGUUUCUCUUCGCUGUGGAAAGAAGCAUAAACUAGAGGAAGAGGUGGAUGGUUGCCCUGUGAAGAAGAAGAGACUGAUUGAAACUGUUUACUACUCUCCGAAUCCCAGCACUGAAGAGAUUCUCUGUGCAGGUCAGCAGGCAGCUGGGGAGGUAGCAAGGCAGUGCAUUGGUAGUCUUCAUGAAGCUGGCUUGUUAGAAAUUCCCUGUGAAGAUAUGGAUCAGACAAUGGGGGAACAUCAGUGCGAGGUUGCCCGCAGGAAGCUUCAGGAAAUUGAGGACAGGAUAAUUGAUGAAGAUGAAGACGUUCAUGCCGAUGGGAAUACUAGCAAUCUGCCCACCCUUGUCCUGUCUGAUACUCUUCAGAAGGGGCUGAGGAGGGAUUUUGAUCAAGCCCUGACAAAAAAAAUAAUAGAGUCCAUGAGCCGUCCCUCCAUGGAGCUGGUGCUCUGGAAACCUCUCCCUGAAUUCCUCACAGACAAACUGAAAUCUGUUUCUGUUGCUAAAAACUACAAGCAGCAGGGGACAGAAGGUUGCCAGGCCAAGCAAUCAACUCUUGGAGCCGCCUUCCAACCACAAACUGAAACAUUCUCUGAAGCACAACAAACUGUGAUAUCUCCAGGACUAUAUAGUAGCUUGGGAACAUCUGGAUGUGUGGAAGAGGAGAUGGAAUUAUAG